AUGUCUGUCUCGCGCAUCAGCAACUCUGCCCUUCGGGCCUCCAUGCGCGCUCCGGCCUUCAAGUCGACCGCUUUCGCCGGCCUGCGAUGCUACUCUGCGAAGACCCAGACGCUCAAGGAGCGCUUCGCCGAGAUGCUCCCCGAGAAGAUUGAGCAGAUCAAGACGCUCCGAAAAGAGCACGGCUCCAAGGUCAUCGACAAGGUGACGCUCGAUCAGGUCUACGGCGGCGCCCGUGGCAUCAAGUGCCUCGUUUGGGAGGGUUCCGUCCUCGACUCCGAGGAGGGCAUCCGAUUCCGUGGCAAGACCAUUCCUGAGUGCCAAAAGCUACUCCCCAAGGCGCCCGGUGGCAAGGAGCCUCUUCCCGAAGGCCUCUUCUGGCUCCUCCUCACCGGCGAGGUCCCCUCCGAGCAGCAGGUUCGCGACCUGUCCGCCGAGUGGGCGGCCCGCGCCGACCUCCCCAAGUUCGUCGAGGAGCUCAUCGACCACUGCCCGACGGACCUGCACCCGAUGGCCCAGUUCUCGCUCGCCGUCACGGCGCUCGAGCACACGUCGUCGUUCGCCAAGGCGUACGCGCAGGGCAUGAACAAGAAGGACUACUGGGGCUACACCUUUGAGGACUCGAUGGACCUCAUCGCCAAGCUGCCCAACAUCGCCUCGCGCAUCUACCAGAACGUCUUCAAGGGCGGCAAGGUGGCGCCCAUCCAAAAGGACAAGGACUACUCGUUCAACUUUGCCAACCAGCUGGGCUUCGGCGACAACGCCGACUUUGUCGAGCUCAUGCGCCUCUACCUGACCAUCCACACCGACCACGAGGGCGGCAACGUGUCGGCCCACACGACGCACCUCGUCGGCAGCGCCCUGAGCUCGCCCUUCCUGUCGCUCGCGGCCGGCCUCAACGGCCUCGCCGGACCCCUCCAUGGCCUCGCCAACCAGGAGGUUCUCAACUGGCUCACGGAGAUGAAGAAGUCCAUCGGCGACGACCUCAGCGACAAGGCCAUCACCGACUACCUGUGGUCCACCCUCAACGCCGGCCGCGUCGUCCCCGGCUACGGCCACGCCGUCCUCCGCAAGACGGACCCCCGCUACAUGGCGCAGCGCCAGUUCGCCCAGGAGAAGAUGUCCGAGGACCCCAUGUUCAAGCUCGUCAGCCAGGUCUACAAGAUUGCGCCCGGCGUCCUGACGGAGCACGGCAAGACCAAGAACCCGUACCCCAACGUCGACGCCCACUCGGGCGUGCUGCUGCAGCACUACGGCCUCACCGAGGCCAGCUACUACACCGUCCUCUUCGGCGUCUCCCGCGCCAUCGGUGUCCUUCCCCAGCUGAUCCUGGAUCGCGCCUUUGGUGCUCCGAUCGAGCGCCCCAAGUCCUUUUCGACCGACAAGUGGAUCGAGCUCGUCAAGAAGCUGUAA